AUGCGAUCGAGUAUCGCCUGCGCUCGCUGCCGGCGCAGCAAGAUUAAAUGCGUCAAUUCCGGCAUCGAUACCACCUGCCGCGCCUGUGAAUCUUCCGGCCGUGAAUGCGUCUAUCCUACUCCGGCCGUCGGCGUCGGGGGAGGCUCCGCCAAACGGGACAUCGCUACUAUGGGGGAUGGUGAGGAUCGCAAUGGUGACUGGGAUAGCCCGAAGAGACAUCGGUCCCGGAAGGCCGUCGGAGUUUCCUCCUCCGCGGCCAAGGAUGCAGCCAAGGCCUCCCUCGAUGCGCUGGAUGCCUCCGUCCUCACCGUCAAGGUGUGGGAGGCCGUCUUCGACCUCUUUCAGUCCCACUAUGCGACCCUUCUACCUUUCCUGCACCCCGCCACGUUCAUGAACCAGAUUCGACAACUCUCACAAGCCGCCUCGGCCUCCUCCACCCAUCCCUCCUCAACUACUACCGCUACAAUCACUGUCCCCGGUGCCUUACCGCCCUCAACACUCUCCGAUCAUACCCGCGAUGCCGCUCAAAGUCCGCCGGUCCCGAAGCCGGAGCCGAAUCCCUUGAUCCCUCUGGGUGUCCUUGCCCUCACCGCUCGCUUCCACCCCCAACUCGUCGCUUUCCACUCGCCUUCCUCAUCGGGGCAUCCAUCCAACCCUCUCGCUGCGUCCGAAUUCUAUGCGACAGCGUUGCGCAGCCGGCUGGCCGGCAUCGAUGGCGCCAGUCUAGCCGUGCCAGAUCUGACUCGCGUCCAAGCGCUGCUAAUAUUAGCUCUGCACGAAUGGGGCAUGUGCCGGGGAAAGAGUGCGUGGCUAUAUGUGGGCAUGGCCAUUCGUUUGUCGCAGGCCAUGGGUCUGCCAUUUGAGCUGGAGAAUGACGUGUUCGCCCGUGAGACGCCCCGAUCACCCGCCCUCAAGGCCGAAGCCGAGCUCUUCGGCGUGGCUCGACGACCGACGGAGCCCAAGGAGCAGACGUCGGACGACAUCAUUGCGCAAGAGACCAAGCGUCGCACAUUCUGGGCGUGCUUUCUGUUAGACCGUUGCCUGAGCAGCGGCAAGUAUCGGCCGCGGAUGAUCCGUGUCAAAGAGCUUGCCAUCCAGCUACCGAGUGACAAUGCUUUUGCUUUUGGUGAGCGCGUGCGCACUUCGCGCCUCAGCGAACCGGUUGUGCGUCGUCCGCAAAGCUUUGGCGCGCAGGGCGUUCAGAUUCCCAGCAUCCGUCAGAGCUUGGGUGGUUUCAGCGACGAUAAGUUACCGAACAACGGACCCCAAGACGCAAAGUCGUGGUCCCCUAUUUCUCGACGGAAGGACUCGAGUGAAGAUGAAAUCGACAGAUGGGAGAUUGGGGCUGAAGAGUCGGUGUUGAGCCGUGUUAUCCGAGUCAUUCGCAUUUGGGGGAGCAUCGCCAAGUGGUCCUGCGCUGGUGGGAGGCGAACUGAACAACUUCCGCCAUGGCAUCCGGAGUCGCGCUUUCAUAAGCUGCGGUUGAUGCUAGGUGAGUUCCAGGAUGGCCUCUCCCGCAAUCUGCAAUAUUCGCCACGCAACACCGACACACACAUCAUGUACAAAAACACACUCGCGUCGUACACCGUUAUGCAUGUGGUCUAUUUCUUAUCGGUCAUUGUUCUUCACCGCGCUUAUGUUCCCUUUCUUCCUGUGCGGUGUUCGGAGCCCGUCGGUCCUCUUGACGAACCGCUCUUCCACGCCGAAAAGUCCCCCAUGGAUGGCUUUUGGCGGGAAAGCGCCCGAGAACUCUUCGCGGCGGCUCGGCAAAUGAUGGACCUUGUAUCCACCUGUCAAGACCGGGGAGUGCUGGUGGAGAACCCGCUGGUGGGCUUUGCCGUCUACAAUGCCGCCUUUGUAGGUGUCUACGCGACUCAUUUCCCACACAUGGACUUGGAGGGCGUCCUCGCCCCCAAGCCGACGUCACCCGGCGAUCGAAAUCAUCAGGGUCAGGCCCAAGCUCGCAAGGCUCUCGAUGUUCUGCGUGACAUGCGAACACGCCUUAAAAUGGCUCGCGGUUGGUUCCGCACACUGAAUCGACUACAUAGCUACUUUUCCAAAGUCAAACGGGACGUCCGUCGACACUCCCGCAGGCUGGACAUGAUGCCAGAACUUGUGGACGGACAUGUGAACGGCGUUCGACCCGUUCGCGAUGGUGGCGCCGGUGGUGGGCUGGAAGAGUUUAAGCUCCUUGAGAAGCUAUUUUUGGACUUUGGAUCUAUCGAGGAUCAGUUGCCAGAUGGAGUUGCGGAAGAGGAUGCGGCAGCCUUCGCUAGUGACCGAGCCACCAAUCUCAGCGAUGCAGGUAGCAACGCCGUUCGCAGCGAAACGGGUGAGGCGGGAGAGCCGUCGCUGGACGGGGCCGGUGGACGCCGUGAGUCCUGGAUUCCUGUCAACAGUCCCGGCAUGCCAUUGCCCGGUCCGGAUGGCGAACGACGACCCAGCUUGCCUCUACCACCUGGUCGGUCCCUACAAUCCCAGUCUCCAUUCUCUCUUCCCGCGUUGCAAAACCAUCCCGAGGGUGGUAUCUACAACAACCCGUCCCCGACUCUUCCGUCAAUCGGUCCAGCCGGAUCGUAUCCUCCAACCACCGCGGGGGCCCCAGCCCCGGCUCAAUAUGGCAGUGCAGUACCACCGCCGACAAAUCGUCUUCAGCCUAUCAACUCGUGGCUGCCGUCCCGGCCGCAACCGCCACCUCCGUAUUCCCAAUCGCUGCCUCCUAUCAACCCGGCAGGCUCGCACGGCCUGCCCCUGCUGCCCCCUCCGGGAGCAGUGGGACAUCCGGGAGCAUCCCCACCGGUCACUGUGGAUGGUCUCGAGAGUGUCACCUCCAACGUAAUGUGGUCUACUAGUCUCGGCGGAGACGAUGUGCUAGCAUUCUUGGACGGGUGUGAGUACGACCAAUUGGCCGGAAUGGUGCCAUCCGAGGUUGGCAUUCCAGCGGGAUGGCUUAGCACCGUCUGGGCUGAAUUCGCCCGUUAA